CUCAAGUAAGGGAGGGACUACCUACGGUGAAAGGUCACGUGUCUCCACCUGCAGCGCUAGACCAGGAAGGCAAGGGGUCCCGCCCCGACGACACAGCUGAUGCGCACCGAAUGCACUGGGACCGGGGAUUCACCACCACAAACUUGCUUCCAGGUCCCAGGCGACUCUUCCUCCACACAACCACACACACAACCACACUCCUCUCAACCACGCAAACCCAACCACCAUCCCACAAUCCUCUUCGCGCUGCACCUCGUGGACGAAACACAUUUUACGCUGUUUCAGUAGCCCGAGUCAUCCACAAACGACACAAACAUUUCGCAAUCGCGCAACCCACGAACAACGCACCACUACCUUACCACCAACCACCAACCACAUCCCUCAACUUUCCUGCACCGAAACUCUGCCCGAGUACCGGUCAUCCAUACACACUUCCAACCAGCUGCCCUCCGGCCACGGAACCCACGACGAACUCCCACGCGACAAGUGACAAUCCUGCGAAUAUCGAAUAUUCUCCAUUGACGAUUGCCCUUUUUUGUUGUCGUCGACUCCCACAGUACCUGUCUACUUCCUAAUACCUACCGAGCACGACUCGCCCCUCGAUACACAUCGCGAAGUGGGGAAAGCAAAGCCCUUUCGCGCAACAACCUUCAACGACCGCAUCGCACUCUCUUCUCUUGCCAUUAGGCACAUAUUCCAUAAACACACAUUCAAAUGGAGGAAGCACUCGCAGAUAAGCUUAAGGCAACAAACUUGAGCGAUGGCGCCGCAUCAGAUGACUGGAAGAAGAGCUUGAACCUGCCUGCUAGGGACAACAGACAGCAGACUGAGGAUGUCACAAACACCAAGGGUCUGGAGUUUGAAAACUUCCAAUUGAAGAGAGACUUGUUGAUGGGCAUCUUCGAGGCUGGGUUCGAGAAGCCGUCGCCCAUUCAAGAAGAAGCCAUCCCUGUCGCCCUGACCGGUCGUGAUAUCCUCGCCCGUGCCAAGAACGGUACUGGAAAGACUGCCGCCUUCGUUAUCCCCGCUCUCGAAAAGAUCAACCCCAAGGUCUCCAAGAUCCAAGCCCUCAUCCUCGUCCCCACUCGCGAACUCGCCAUGCAAACAUCACAAGUCUGCAAGACUCUUGGCAAGCACCUCGGAAUCAACGUCAUGGUCACCACCGGAGGUACUGGUCUCCGAGACGAUAUUAUCCGCCUCCAGGACCCCGUCCAUAUCGUGGUCGGUACCCCCGGCAGAAUCCUCGAUCUCGCGGGCAAGAACGUUGCCGACCUCAGCGAAUGCCCCAUGUUCAUCAUGGACGAGGCUGACAAGCUUCUCUCCAUCGAAUUCACCCCCGUCAUCGAGCAGCUCCUCCAGUUCCACCCCAAGGACCGCCAGGUCAUGCUCUUCUCCGCCACCUUCCCCCUCUCUGUCAAGGACUUCUCCGACAAGAACAUGGUCAGCCCGUACGAGAUUAACCUCAUGGACGAGCUCACUCUGCGCGGUAUCACCCAGUACUACGCCUUCGUCGAAGAGAAGCAAAAGGUCCACUGCCUCAACACCCUCUUCUCCAAGCUUCAGAUCAACCAGUCCAUCAUCUUCUGCAACUCCACCAACCGUGUCGAGUUGCUGGCCAAGAAGAUCACCGAGCUGGGCUACUCAUGCUUCUACAGUCACGCCAAGAUGGCCCAACAAGCAAGAAACCGCGUUUUCCACGACUUCCGCAACGGCGUGUGCCGUAACCUCGUCUGCUCCGAUCUUCUCACCCGUGGUAUCGAUAUCCAGGCUGUGAAUGUCGUCAUCAACUUCGAUUUCCCCAAGAACGCCGAGACCUACCUGCAUCGCAUUGGUCGCUCUGGUCGUUAUGGCCACUUGGGUCUUGCCAUCAACCUCAUCAACUGGGAUGACAGAUUCAACCUCUACAACAUUGAGAAGGAUCUUGGAACAGAGAUCCAGCCCAUUCCCGCUAGCAUCGACAAGUCUCUCUACGUCUACGAGAACCCCGAAUCCAUCCCGAGACCAAUUUCCAACUUCCGCACCAGUCAGCCUAGCCAGGGCCAGCCGCAGCCGCAGCAACAGCAGCAGCCUGGUCAGAUCCAGGGCCAACAAUUGCCUCUGCAGGGUGGCCCCGCACCGGGCAACUGGCAGACUCAGCAGCCCCAGCAAGGCCAGCAGAAUGGAUAUCAGGGCGGCGGUAGGGGCCGUGGCCGUGGCCGUGGUGGCUACCGUGGUCAGAACCGUGGCGGCUAUGGCGGCCGGGGACGUGGUCAAGGCCAAGGCCAGGGUCACCCCCAACCCCAAGGACAAACGUCCUAGGGGUUCACCCAUCUCUUCUCUUUAGAAAGGCGUUGUGGCGUAUGCAGUCGCGGCGGAACACGCGACUGCGUUUUGUUUGGAUUGUACAUAGUUCCUCUUCUUUUCAUUCUCUCCUGAUUUUGGAGGCGACACGGCACGAUUAGACUGGGUCGGGCACCUCAUCCAUGCUCAUCAUGAGCCUCUAGGUCCCUCUCACCACUCACGAUCACGAAACACGAAAAAACACUCGAUCAGACCUAUACGACUCGUCGCUAAGCAACAAAAGCUUCGUCACAUAUUCGCAAACUUUUGACCUGUACCAUACCCCAACGGAUCUUACUGGUCUUUUGUUUGGCUUCUUUUCUUUUUCCUUCGGCCUUCUGACGACGGGCACUUUCUACCCGGACUGGAAAUGCAUGCUGUCUGGAGACGACAGAACGAACAAGACGACAGGCUGAGCCAUCGAAAAAAACAACAUUAACCACGGGGCGUGACGUCUAGCGUCAGACGAGCCACCACACCCCUGGCAUGGAAAUAACCCGCUCCCAUCUUAUCAUGUCAUGUGCUUCUUUAACGACGGCGUUAGGGGGGAAACAAGCGGCUGAAACGGUAUCAGCCCGGAACGGCGUUCGCAUGGAUGGCGGGCCACAUUUGAUUUCUGGUGGACAAAAGGGGAGUUGGCCCUCGCGGUCGAGGGCGGCAACACUACGGGACGAGGGCGGUUCGGUACCUCAUCUCUGGUUUAUGCGCCGCGGUGUCUUUUGAGUAUUAAUCAAUCGAUCACGGAGACGACUGAUGUUGGGAUAUGACACGGAGGGCGACGGGGUGGCUGGCAUCCAACGGCGUCUGUCGGAGCACGAUUUUCAUCGUCGUGCAUUUUCUUUGGCAGGGGAAGGUUUGGUUGGAGGCCCUCCGUCCGGGGUAGGAGGAGGAGCGUUUGUCGUCGGUCGACUGACAAAGCCAAGAUAUUGCUUCUUGGCUCCCGAACUCAAAACGGAGGUUUCGACAUGAUCCGUUACGCAUUCUACGCCUAUGCCCUGCUUCUUGCGAGAAGGCAGGCUCGACGAACGACCGCAGAAAUACCCGAGUAUCAUUACGCUUUUUUUCGGCUCUCUGAGGCUCAACCUAACCCGGCUCUUCGAGUGUCUCGUCUACCUUGCGAGGUAGCGCAGACGCCUGGGAUGAGCUGGCUUGGGUUGGCUUGUUGGGAGAGCGAGCGGCCUCUUUUGGUACUCACAUCAACAAGAAAAUAACGCAAAAAAAAAAAACCGUUUUGGGAGAGAAUCGCUGGAUGGGCUAGAUGGCUUUCGGACUGGUGUGGUCUUCAAUGUGGCACCUACUGUCUACGGGCAGAGUGUCAUGGACCGGAACCGGUGGGCUAGAUAGUUGUCUGAGCAUUUGGAGUGGCAAUCAAGACACAAUUCUCUCUCACAAUCAUUUCUUCGGUGAUCUCGAUGCAUGUGUGAUUUCGUUCUCACUAGGCCAGCAGCUCGCUGUUUCAGCUCAUCUGAUUGUUGUUUUCGUUGCGAAGCACGAUCGACGUGUCUACUGCGACCCAGGCUGCCAGUUGACCUGUCUGACGGGGACGUCACAGGUGGUCUUGUCAUAAAAUCUAGGGUUAUCGCCGGAGCGCUGUUGAUAAACUCAUGUCUUCGGAGAUCAUUUCACGCGGCACCUGUGAGCUUUUGGGGGGGAAAAGCUCAGGUCGAUGAUGUACACGUCCUGGAUUUCCCCCAAAGAAGUUAUGCCGUGAUGGCUCCUUCUCUCGACGAUACCAGGAGAAACGGCCAGCCGGUCUCAGCCUAGUCCGAAUAGGUAUCUGGAGAUCUGGAGGGUGGGCGGUUAGUAUAUAAGGGCCUCCUUCGUGCCCGUUGAUGGUAGAAAUGCCAGAGUGAGAUGAUUUGUUGCGUGUUGGUGGUCGUCCAGUGUGGUGGCGCCGAGAACUGUUGGGGUG